UCUUUCCUUUCUCCUUCCCCUCUCUAUCUAUCUUCUUCAAUCACUCAUAUAUCAAUCCUUUCUUCUUCAUCAAAUCAACGAUAGAGAACAGAAUCCGCAGAAGAAACAAUACGAUAUGCAAGAAUGGCUAAAGCUUGCUCUAGUGAUAGUUUCAACCGGAGUUCUCGUUUCCGUUCUGAUCAUAAUUAUAAAAAAUUCCUGCCGAAGUCGAAAAAGGAACGAUCUUUUUCAAGAAAAGGAUUUGGAGGGAGUUGUGGGCGUGCAAUCCGUGGCGGCGCAGCUCCAUCCCGUCAGCCUUCAUCAACUCGACAAAAAUGGCGUCAAGAAAACGGAUUACUUCGUUUGCCGGCGUGGGCCGCCGGCGAAACCCAUAUUCAGUUGGGCCGACCACCCCCUUCUCGUCACCGGAGCCGUCGAGAAUGGGUGGUCGGAGUUUGGGUUCGAGGUUUGUACUCCGCCGCCGACAGCCGCCCGGUUUGGCCACCGCGGUGGUCGAAUGGAGGUGGAGAUAAGCUGGGAGGUGUCUCAAGGGUCGCCGGAAUUUAUGCAGAAAAUCCAGUUCCGGCGUGAUUCCGGGAGCUCGAAGAAAACAAAGAGUUCUCCAUUAAUGGAUGACGCUUCAGCUAUGGUGAAGACUGGGUUGCCUUUACCGGGCCCACCUUUAGGGAACUCAUCUUUCCCACAAGACGCCUAUUUUGAGAUCACAAUUCUCCCAUUUGACGAUCACGAAUUGAUGGGGAAGACGAAGGAAGAUCAUCAUAAAUCAGAAGGGGAGAAAAUUAAGCUUAUCAGCAAUCAAUUUAACACCAAAACAUCAAAGUCACAAUCACUGGUUCAUGUCGCCGGCAGUCACCUUCAAGAACUCAGCGGCGAUGGAAAGGAAACGAAAAGGAGCGAUUUUGUUGCCGCCUUAUCAAUAGGGUUAACCGCCGCCGCCGCCGCCGGCGGCGGCGGCGGCGCUGUUCCAUUUAAGCUUCCGGGGACCUAUCCUGGCUCCAUUGGUUUCAAUUCUAAUGCUUCUGUUUUUCUUGAUGGGAUGGAAUUGGUGCAUGACUGUGAAACAGAAGAAUGGGGGAAGCCAGAAAAAGUGAUAGGGUGUGGGUACAAUCCAACCCAAAAGAAAGUGUUCUUCACAGUGGACUCACAACUGGUGUAUGAAAUCCACUGCAAAUCAGAAGAAUUUGGGAGCCCACUUUACCCCAUUAUAGCAGCAAAUGCUGAGACUAAUGUUCUGGUAAACAUUGGCCAAAGUGCCUUCAAAUAUGCCCCUGCAAAUCUGCAAAGAACCCCAAACCCAUGCUUCAUUUCCCCCCAUCUGCCAACCAAUUCUCCAUUGCUAGGGUAUGAAGACAGCAAAGAGCUUUUCUCCAUGGGGAGGAUAGAUUCUGAGUGGUUGAAUGCCAAAAGCAACACCACCACUGUGAAUAGCCUCAAGCAGCUUGAAUAUGACCUGGAAUCAGAAGGGGAUUUGUUUGAGAUCAUCUUGGAUGGUUCAGCAAAAUCCCCCAUCACCCUACAGUAACACUAAACUCGGGACAACCUCAGCCAAACUGGUCAGACUGUUGUCUUGGUAACCACAAGGUUACAAGUUCAACACCUCAACGGGGGUGGCCUAUUAACUUUCUUGGUUUGCAGGUUAAGGCGGGAUUUACCCGGUAAACACCCUUGGGUUAUGGCUGCAGGUUUCCCUCGUCACUCCAAAAAAAAAAAACAUUAUACUCGAGAAAGAACAUCAUGAGAUCUUGAUUAUGAAAUAUUGGUUUUGUACUUCUGUUAUAGUUUUCCUUUCUGAUUCUGCGAUGUUUUUGGUUGUAUAUGGGGGCAAGUAACGCAAUUUUGGGAGAUUAAUUAGCAUUCUACAUGAACAUAAUCUGUAGAUAAGAGCAUCAUAAUGGAGCUUUUUGACAAAAAACAUGUUCUUUGUCAGCA